ACAAUAUUGGCCAAAACCUCUGAAACUUCACGGGGGUCAAGACUCGGGAACUUUUAGCCUGAAGUCAUCGGUCUUCUCUUUUUCUCGGCUUUCCGCUUGCAUCCCUCUGUAUGGCAAGUUCUACUAUACGCUGCAGCUCAUACCCUUUAUGGAGUAUUAAUAUUGGGGUUGUUAAAAAAUGCGGGAAGUUCCAUCAUUAAUCACCUUAUGCAUAUGCUCAAUCAGAGAUGAACUCAUUCAAGUGGAUGAUGUUGAACUUUCAUCAGUCUUAUAUCAACUUCCCACGGAGUUGUUCGACCAGUUGUUGCCGCAGUUGCCUCCAUUGGCAUUGCAAAAAUUACAAGAAAGGAAACCUGACGUCUUGAAUGAUUAUGAGCUUUUGACUGAUGGUGUUGAUAAUCAGAGAAAGCGUAAAAGAUAUCUGAAUUUUGAGGAAGAGUGGAAAACUCUCUAUGAAUUACGGUGGCCUGCUCUUGGCCGGCAGAGUAAGAAUUCCAAGAAUAAGUCAUUUGACAGGUCAGCAAAAGGAAAAGAAGCAGAGCGUGAAUCCACAGAUGACUGGCAACAGAUGUACUGGGAAGCACAUUUGCAGAAAUGCCUGGAUACAGCAGCAGAGAUAGCUUUAUUCCCAGCUUUUCAUGGUCAGAUUAGUGAAAUAGAAGUUCCCGAUUCAAUUUUAAAUUAUAUUGAUCAUAGGGGACACAUCGGCAAAAUCACAUGUGACUACUCCAAGUUUGCUUAUCACUGCCAACAAUUCGGAUCAUAUGCCAGACACCUGAGACUGCCAAAUGUUUUGUGUGUGGAAGAAACUUGUCAUUUACUUAGAAAUGCAAGAUUGGAGAGUCUGGAAUUACAGUGGAUUAAGUCUGAUGAGCAUGUCGAGGGGUUAUGCAAACUCAUCAACCAGAACUAUCGAUCCCUAAAGUCGAUUAAGUUCGUGUAUUGCAAGUUUACAGUGGCUUCUCUUAAUGCAAUUUGUGACUUAUUAUGCAUGCAUUGUCCUCAAGCACCUGAAAUGCAACAUUUCUCAAUCAAGACAUCAAGCUUCCUAGAGAACAACGUUUCUUCUUUGCCUGCUGGACUAGUAUCUUUUAUAUCAUCAGGGAGGUCCUUGUCUUCAUUAUGCUUAUCAGACAAUCAUCUUCAUCGACAUUUUGCAAGGAUAGUUUUUGAUACCCUCCUUGAAGCUUCAUCUAGUAUUACCAUUCUGGACCUUUCAGAAAACAAUAUUGCGGGAUGGCUUUCUCAUUUUAAAUGGAAUGACAAAAGUAUCACCGAGCCAUCUGGGACAUACAAUUCAUUGAAGUCAUUAAAGAAGCUUAAUUUAAGGAACUGCAAUCUACAGAGGGACGAUGUGGAUUGUCUCAGAUAUGUGCUAGUCCACAUCCCUAAUCUGGAGCAACUUGAUCUCAGUGACAAUCCUAUCGAGGAUGACGGAUUCAGGUGUCUGACUACCUACUUCAAGGAUAUGUCACAGAGAUAUUUCUCCCUUGUCGAAUUGAAGUUGGAAAGCUGUGAGCUUACUUGCUCUGGAGUUUGUGAACUUCUAGAAGUUCUUUCAGCUUUGAGAAAACCACUCAGUUUUCUCUCAAUUGGAGGCAACUAUCUUGGCAGUGAGAUAGGGACACCAUUAGGUAAGUUUCUAUGCGGAGGUAUUCAGGCUUUUGAUAUUGAAGACAUUGGACUAGGUUCUUCUGGCUUCUUGAAAGCAGGCAAAGAGUUAGUCAGGGAAUCAAAGCUCCGCUCCAUCAACAUAAGCAAGAAUAGAGGUGGAAUUGAAACUGCAAGAUUUCUGUCAAAGCUUUUCUCUCAUGCCCCAGAUCUUUCAUCAAUAAAUGCAAAAUACAACUUUAUGGCCAAAGAAUCUUUGUCAAUCCUGAGCUCCGGUAUAAAAGUUGCAAAAG